UUGCUACCAUUAAAAUCAGACCCUUUUUGUCUCUCGAUUGCUGUCUCACGACCAAACUCCGAUGUGUUCCGUUAUCAGCGACCUAAAGCCUGCCAUUCCAACACCUGUCUUGCUAGGGAUCGGUGGAUAGUGUACGAUUCAGAAAGCAGACAAGGACGUAGGAAGAGAGAUCUAGAGAGACAGCCAGGGAUAGACACAGAGAGCUUUGAAGUAAUUGGAUUCAAUGGACGAAAUGCUGCUGUUGACAAGAAUUCUGUUGGUGGGCUUCAUCUGCGUUCUUUUGGUCUCCUCUGGGCUGACUUGUGGACCAGGCAGGGGUAUUGGAAAAAGGAGACACCCCAAAAAACUGACCCCUUUAGCCUAUAAGCAGUUUAUUCCCAAUGUGGCAGAGAAGACCCUAGGGGCCAGUGGAAGAUAUGAAGGGAAGAUCUCAAGAAACUCCGAGAGAUUUAAAGAACUAACCCCAAAUUACAACCCUGACAUUAUUUUUAAGGAUGAAGAGAACACUGGAGCUGACAGACUGAUGACUCAGAGAUGCAAAGACAAGCUGAACGCCCUGGCUAUCUCGGUGAUGAACCAGUGGCCCGGAGUAAAGCUGAGGGUGACCGAGGGAUGGGAUGAAGAUGGGCACCACUCCGAGGAGUCGCUGCAUUACGAGGGCCGGGCCGUGGACAUCACCACCUCGGACAGGGACCGCAGCAAGUACGGCAUGCUGGCUCGGCUGGCGGUAGAGGCUGGCUUCGACUGGGUCUAUUACGAGUCCAAGGCCCACAUCCACUGCUCCGUCAAAGCAGAGAACUCGGUGGCCGCCAAGUCGGGCGGCUGCUUCCCGGGCUCGGCCACGGUGCACCUGGAGCAGGGCGGCACGAAGCGGGUGCAGGACCUGAGCCCCGGGGACCGCGUGCUGGCGGCGGACGCGCAGGGCCGGCUGCUCUACAGCGACUUCCUGGCCUUCCUGGACCGCGAGCACGGCGCCCCCAAGCUCUUCUACGUGAUCGAGACGCGGCAGCCGCGCGCCCGCCUGCUGCUCACCGCCGCCCACCUGCUCUUCGUGGCGCCCCCGCACAACCACUCCCAGCCCGAGCCCGAGCCCGCCCGCAGCCGCGCCCUCUUCGCCAGCCGCGUGCGGCCGGGCCAGCGGGUCUACGUGCUGGGCGAGGGCGGCCGGCGGCUGCUGCCCGCCGCGGUGCACAGCGUCUCCCUGCGGGAGGAGGCCUCGGGGGCCUACGCCCCGCUCACGGCCCAGGGCACCAUCCUCAUCAACCGGGUGCUGGCCUCCUGCUACGCCGUCAUCGAGGAGCACAGCUGGGCGCACUGGGCCUUCGCCCCCUUCCGCCUGGCCCACGCCCUGCUGGCCGUGCUCUCCCCCAGCGCCAGCCUGCCCGAGGCGGAGCCCGCCCCCCCGGGCCUCCACUGGUACUCGCGCCUCCUCUACCGCAUCGGCAGCUGGGUGCUGGACAGUGACUCCCUGCACCCGCUGGGCAUGGCCGUGCAGUCCAGCUGAGAGCAGAGCAGCUCCGCCCCGCCACCGCCGCCAGGCCCAGGCAGCCGAGAGAGAAAGAGAGGGGGGAAAAAAACAAACUCACAGGAAAAAGAAAAGGAAAAACAUAUUUUUAAAGGCGAGCACGGCUUAAGACAUAAUAAUAAUAAUAAAAAUAAUAAUAAAGUAGGACAGUCCAAAGUAGACUUUAAGGAAAAUAAAGACCCCGGGAAGUUUUGUUCUGUUUAGUUUAUAAAUAUAUUAUAUAUAUAUUUUUAUUUGGUUGGUUAUUUUGUUCUGUUCUCUUGGUUGUUGUUUUGUUUUUCCUCCUCUCCUGGAUAUUUAUUGGUUUGGUAUUUUGAAUAGAUGUUUUAAAAUGGAUAUGAACCGGACCUUCAAGAGCCUUAAGAAGUUUCUUUGAUAAUUUAUUAUCACCUGAACUGCACUCACAGGGGAAAACAUUAUUUUGUGAGGCCAAGCAAAACGGCGCAGAGUCUAUUUUUCUACAUGUCACAUGUGUCCUGACUUUCAGAAAGCAAAAUUCUGUACUUUUCCCAUCCCUCCAUUGCAAUGCUCCUUCUUUUCAGCAAGUCUAAACACAAACAAAAGACAAACUUCAUGGGGUCCAUAAAUUAUAUUUUUGUACACAGAAUUGUAAAUUAGAUUUUUUUGAGAGAUCAAUACUUAACUUGAAUCACAUUUCGUUUUUGAAAUAGUGUAAAAUAUGAGAAUAUAUUAUUUUAAUUUAAAUAGUUUCAACUGUAACAUCAUUUCCUGUAUUGUUUUUCAUGUUUCUUAAAUAUUUUGCUUUGUAAAAACACCAUUUGGCCACGUUCUUGGAAGUCAAGACUGUUACACAAACUUUUUAUUUACAAAACCGUAAGAAACUUUGUUAUUUUUAACGUAAAAAAAAAGAAGAAAUGUAUUAGAAAAUAAUAUUUUUUAAAAAAGCGCACAUGGCGGUGAUUCUGUGACGAAGGAGAGGGUAGUUUGUACAGAAGGGAAAAAAGGAUGUUUUGCAUUAAUAAAUUGAGAAAUAACUGCUGUAAAUUUACUAAAAUGUAUUUUUGAAUAUUUUGUAAUAGUUUUAAUAGUUUUAUAGAAAUAAAAAUGUGCCAUGCACAGUCUGGUUAGUAUAUAAUAACUAAGAGUUCCUGGUGCAUCCCAUUUUUUUUCUUUUUGCUUAUUGGUUUAGGAAACGUGAUACCUAAAGAAAUGCCCAUUGUUUUCUUUAGAUGUAUUGCUUAUACUUUGAAUUCUGCUAAACUUAAGGAAGUAACCAAAUACAUCACAUCAGCUCUUGGGAAACCUCAGAUUUGUUGUACUAACAGUAGAACCUCACUUAUUCGCACUAAUGACUAGCAGACACAUUUUGGAUUACUGCAGUCUGGACCAAGUCUUGCCACCCUUUCUCAGGCAAAGCUCCACUGUUCCAGAUUCUGUGUUCACUUAAGAACUCAUCCAAAGACCACUGAAGGCAAUGGGAAUCUUUCCAUUGACUUCUCAGAGGAGUACAUUGGAUCAUUAAAGCAAGCUAAUCUGCAAGUGAACCAUGGUGCCCAAGAAGAGCCCCAGUGACUUCUAUUAGUUUGCAGAAAUGGGGUUCUCAACUGAUGUAAAUCUGGUGCAACCACACCGACUUCAAUGAGUUACUCUGGAUUCACACUGCUGUAGCUGAAAGAAGAAUCUGGCCAGCAGAUUUCAGUGGCUGUCUUGCCUGAGUAAAGAUGCAGGGAUUGGAGCUUUUUUAAAAUCAACGAGGAAGAGAAAAAACCCACAAUAUUCAAACAAACAAGGAUGUGACAUCACCAAAUCUACUUUUUCAUUUAUUCUGAUGUAUUAUUUAGUUAUAACUAUUUAUGAUACUUCACACUAUAUUAGUAAAUGUACUGGAGUGUAUUCUGUAAAAUUAGUGAUGCAAUCUGAGUAAUACGUGAUUUCACUACUGUACUCAAGAGAUGAAAUCUUUGGGGUCUGACUACCAGGCUUUUGGUGAGAAUUGUCACAUGUGCUGAUUAGCAAGGUGCCAGUUAGCGAGGUUCUGCUGUAUUUGCUGAUAUCUCCCUACACCUCAAAGGACAUUUUUCUAUUUCAAAAAAUUUGGCAAAACAGUGUGUGCAUUUCAGAUAAGAACACAAUGUAAGGGAGACUUUCCUUGAACACUUUUUCUUCGGUUUUGAUUACCAUUAGGAUGAUUACACUUAAGUUACCAUUUUGCUCCAGAAGUUUAGCAAAGUCCUCCCCUGAGCUGGAAAGCAACUACCUUGCACUCAGUCUUCCAAGAGGUCUGCUUGGGCUUUGAGGCUCUUGUAAGGUGGCAGUCUUGGGAGGAGGAGGUUCAUAAUUUUUUAUCCUCAAAGUGUGUCAGUUUCUGGAGCGGUAGUAGGCUGUCAUGGCUAAAUUCUGAUCAUGUGUACAUCAUGUACAAUUAAUUGACAAUUGGAUGUGCUCUCUGUCCUCUGACAGUCUCCGGUUUUGUGACCUCUUUUCCCUCAGAAGUGUCUGGGAUAGUGUGUACAUCGAUAGCAGAACCUGGGUGUGUAAGCUCUUUAUGCUCAGAGUGUUGCAGUGUCUUGGAGUUGUGAACUACCUGUGUCAGAAUAUAGUCGUCUCUUUGGGAGGAGAUUCAAUCUCUUGGCCCACCAUUUGUGGCACUGUUUUGAGGCCCAGUCCAGCUCUCACUGAAGUCAAUGGGAGCCUCUUCGUUGAAUUUAAUGGGUGUUAGAUCAGGCCCUUAGACAACAAUCUCCUUGAGCUCAAAGUAGGACAACAUCUGGGGUUUGUAAACUCUCUUACCUCAGAACAUGGCAGUGCCUAGUCACUCUGAACUCAGACUAUGACAGUGUCUGAGGCUGCAGAUUCGGUCUUCCUUCUUUGGCAAAGUCUGGGGCUAUAAUCAAUCUCAGCUCCAAAUGUAGCAGUAUUUGGAUCGUAACGUCUCCAGAAUCAGUUUGUGGAAGUGUCUGGACACAUAAUCACUUCAUGACCAGACGAUGAGAGUGGCUGAGGCUGUAAUCACUUUAAGCUCACUGGCAAUGCAUGGAGUUGUGCACUCUGCCCACAGAGUUUGGUCGGUCAGGGUUGUAAACUGUCUGCCACCCCGGAGUGGGAUAUUGCUUGAGAUUGUAAACUGCCCGGCCUUACAAAGUGAUGGCCUUGGGUUCGUAAAGUCAUUCUCAGCUGUGCUGUGUCAAUGUCAUUAGGGUUGUAAACUCUCUGCCAUUAGUGUAUGCUAAUACAUCUGGGGUUAUAAAUGCCCUGGGCUCAGAAUAUGGAUAUUUCUGGGUAUGUAAAAUAUGAUCUCAAAACAAAUGAAUUUUUAGGAGUUUUGUCCUUAAUGUGGCAGUCUGGGCAUCUAAGCUGUCUUACCAGUAUCUCUGACCAGCAGCUGGGGUUUUGUAAGGCCUCUACUGUUAGACUGUGACCGUGUCAAAGACUGUACUUCUCAGAGUUCACACUGUUACAGUGUUCAGGGAUGCAGGCUAUUGAACUUAAGGCACGGCUGUGUCUGGGGCUGUACUAUAAAUCAGAAAUGUUAGAGUUGAAAAAGACCUAUUAGAUCAGAGCCCAUUCCCCUGAAAGGGUAGGACAUAGUCCCCAGACGUUGCUGCAGUUGAUCUUAGCCAAAAGGCCAAGAAGAGCUCAGCACUGCAGUGUGAGAGCAGCUAAGAUGCUGGGUUAUAUUAGGAUCAACUAUUUUAGCCAAGUAAAGAAACACUGCUGUGUUUUCAUUGCACAUAUUUCUAAUGACUAUAUGCUCCCCUCUCACAAUCCAUUUAUUACACCUCCUAUUGAUACCUUCAGAGCUUUAUGUCUUGAACACCCCUCCAUCUUAUGCAUUAGAAGUGCUUUGUUAGAUGGAUCAAUAGAGAAUCUAUAACUAAAGCUCUCUUAUGAAGGAACUACUGUCUUAACAUUGUGCAAAAAGUUUAGGAAAUGUCACAGUCCGUUUUCAGGGUCUGAGUUUGUAUAAAAUGUACAAAUAGUGGUGGCUACAGAAUAGCUUAUGACUAAAUACAUAUCUAUUACUGUUAAAAUAAUGUAUAAGAAUGUACUUGAAGCUAUUAUCCUUGUGCUCUGUUGUUUGAAUAAUUAAAGAAAUUACAGAGAC